AUGAGAUUUCCUUGUUUGCUCCUUGUUGUUUCGGCUGUAUUGUCUCUAAGCAAGGCGGAAGAACAACAGAAAAGUAACGGUACAAGGCGGACCCGUCAGUUAAAACUCAGCGAAGCAGAAUCAUUUCUUCAUGCUGAACAGUUACUGUGGUCGGGAUCGGGACGACAUACCCAAGAGGAUGCUUUUCUCAGCUUUGAAACCUCUUCCCCGACUCCAAUCACUUCAGUCUCGUUUACUGAUUUUCCAUCCAUAGCUCCGGUCGCUAAUUCUGCGCCGACUGUUUCAUCAUCUAAAUAUCCCACUCAGGUUCCGAUCCGAUCGACUGAUCCAUAUCCCGGAACGUCUGCCACAGAGCAACCGACAAACUUUAUCUGCGACGGUUUUAAUCGUUCAGAUAUUCUUCUCGGACUUUUGCAAUCAGUAACUUCAGAGGAUCUUUUGCUAAACAGAUCCCUGCCUCAAGGCCAAGCCUUUUUGUGGCUACUCGACACUGAUAUUACAACAGACCCUUGCAUAUACCCAUCUGUUAAGCAACGAUACUCUGUUGCAGUGAUCUAUUUUGCAUUAGGAGGCAACAAUGGGGCGAGUUGGAUUGAAAGUACGGGCUGGUUGUCGUCCAUGGAGGAAUGCGACUGGGCACGCGUGAACUGUGACGAAAAAGGCGGAGUCACUGGCCUCCAACUAGGUAGAAACAACCUCACGGGGAUGAUUCCGAAAGAAAUUUCAGAAUUGACUGCGUUGCAGGCGUUAGUUAUGAACGACAACACCAUAGAGGGUCCGCUUCCAGAGACCAUUGGCAGUUUACGUAAUCUGACAGAUCUAGACCUGGAAGACAAUUUUCUAGAAGGUAACCCUUUGCUCACGCUAUCUUCACUCAAGAAGCUACGCAGUCUUCGAUUAUCAUUCAACUCUUUCGAUGGUUCGGUACCUUCAUCAAUUGGUGGCUGGAAUGAGCUGCAGGAGAUGUGGAUGGCUGGCAACUUUUUCAGAGGAGAACUUCCUACGGAAAUCGGCUUGAUUGGGAAUCAAUUAUCAUCCCUCUUUAUUUACGAAAACGAAUUGGAGGGUACGCUCCCGUCCGAGCUCGGCAACUUGGGACUUUCUGAAUUCCUGGGUCAGGCAAAUAUGUUCGAAGGCAGUAUUCCCCAGGAGCUGUUUAGAAACUUUGAUCUUGUGGUACUACGACUUGACCAAAACAAGCUUACGGGAACUGUGAGCAACGCGAUUGGUGGUUUGAACAACCUCCAAGAUCUACGUUUAAACCUUAACUCAUUGUCUGGAAAUCUUCCAAUAUUGCUCUAUGGGCUGAGCAAUAUACAAAAUCUGCUUUUGAGCAACAAUCGCUUCGAUGGACAGAUUCGCAAUGCGUUCGGAAACUGGAAUGCUUUGGAUUUCGCAGAUUUUGCACAGAAUAGGUUCACAGGGUUUAUCCCACCAAGCUUAUUCGAAGCCGAAUCGCUUCGAAUUCUAUACCUUAACAACAACCUGCUGCAAGGACCAAUCCCCUUAAAUUUCGGCAAACCUCGAAAGCUCCGUGAUCUUUAUUUGAACAGCAAUAUUUUGACCGGAGAGAUUCCUUCAAUCCCUACAGGAAGUUUGUUGAACUUAUCUGAGUUUCUUUUGCAAGACAACCAACUCCAAGGCAUCACAAUGCCUCCUUCUGUUUGUUCUUUGAUCGAGCAAGAUGGCGAACUAGAGGAUCUGUGGGCUGACUGCCUUGAUACUGAUGAUGUUGAUUGUCAAUGUUGUACCCAAUGCUUUUAA